AUGGCUGUUUUCAACUACCUCAACGAUCCUGCUAUCCAAGGUCUUUUGGGUCAAAUUCAUCGAGACAUCCACUCAAAUUUGACGGAGUUUGACAAUCUCUACCACCCACUUGCUCCAGAACAACCUGCGGAGAGGGUAUCAAACAAUUUUUUCGAUUAUUUGACCAGAAAUGUCGAUGGGAGGAUAGCCCAACUGAGGGCUGGCUGGCAAAUAGUAUUGGAUAAUGAUCCGUCGGAACGACAGGAGACAGUUACUCUCGAGUCGUUGGGUAAGAUCAAUGCAUUGAAUGCCAAAAUUGAGGCAACGGUGGUCUUUAACAGGGCUCCAUUCAAUCCCUAG